GAUGAUUCCUUGGUCAGUCGAAAUCAGAUGGGGAAAAACCAAUAACAAAGUUAGACGUCUAAAAGAGCAAGUUGUGCUAGAGAAUGUCAAAUCAGAAGACUUGUUCAUUGAACAACAUGCUUUUUUAGCCGAUACGAUAACAAAAUUGGAAUCUUAUGCUUUGAAAUACCAAGAACAAAUCGAUCUUAUAAUGAACUGUUAUCAAGAAACAGAGCAUCCUGAUCUGAAAGAAAGAUUCCAAAAAAAAUUAGAUAAGAAUUUUGAGAUAUGGAAUUUGAAUCGAAUUCCAUUUGGCUCUUGGUCAAUCGAAAAAAACAUUUACUAA